AUGCGGGGUAAAGAAAGGGAAUCAAAAGGGAAGGGGCGAGAGGUCGAAGCCGAACCCCUACUUUCAUCAUCAUCGUCCUCCACUAUACCGAGUUACCCGGAUACAUCAGCCACAGCUAUGAACAUCACAGGUCAACCUCAUGAUGCCAAAACUCCCGUGCUACAAGAAGAUGCCGCGACCAAGGCAGAAACUGCACAGUUCCAGCCGUCUCAAACACUACGGGAGUACGAGCGUCUAUUCGGAGUCGACGAAGAUGCCUAUGAGCAGCCUACCACGACCAGGAAGGAGCUUUGGUCGUAUUACCUCUACUAUAAUGGUACUUUCGUUAUGUUCUUCCAUGUCUAUCGAAUCCAUCGGCUAACCAAUCUUGCCACUCCAGGGGACAACGGCGUGGGUCCAGGAUCAUACAGCCAAGCCCUCUUUCAGUGGGCAUUGAAUGGUGCAGGUUUUCAACCCGAUACCAAUCCACCCAAGCCCUGCACCAAUACAUCAGCAUGCGUGGUCCCUUGGGCGGGUGGCACACGAUCUAUUUCCUCCGUCAUCCUAAUCGCCAACGGUCUGUGCUUUGCAUUCAUGACAGUCAUUUUUGUCUGGCUCGGAAGUGCUGCCGACUACGGAUCUUUCGGCAGAUGGCUUCUUUUGGUCCUGACUGUCGUCUGUUGGGCACUGCAGUAUGGUAUGAUGGCCAUCCGCCAACCAAGUCAAUGGCCCAUUGCCAUGGGCCUGUACGUUGUCGCGUAUAUUGCCUAUGGUGCUACUCUCGUUUUUUAUGCUGCUGUCUUCCCUCGCCUUGCUCGGUAUAUGCCGCAUGUCCGUAAGGCUCGAGAGGAAGAUCUGAGAGAGGGCAAGAUUGAUCAGCAGGAGUACGACGCUAUCGAGUCGUUGGAGAGGAACCAUCUUAGCAACGUUUCCACUGCACACAGUAAUAUCGGGUAUCUGCUCACCCUCGCCCUUAACCUAAGUGUCCUACUACCCAUGCAGAACAACCAAUUCUCCAACAAUCUAGCACUCUGCCUGACAAAUUCGUAUUGGGUGGUCUUGGGUAUUUGGUGGUUCAUAUUCCAGCAGAAGAGACCCGGGCCAAAGAUCCCGAAGGGCUCCACCUACAUCACCAUUGGUUUCAAACAGAUAUGGCUGGCCAUUCGAGAGAUCCGGUCGCUUCCCCAGACUUUUCUGUAUUUUGUGGCCUAUUUCCUCCUCGCUGACGGGCUUAACACAACUGGUACUCUCGUCAGUAUCAUCCAGAACGACUACGUUUCGUUCUCUUUCCUACAACUCACCUAUCUCGGUAUAGCGCAAGCGGCUUGCUCUAUCACUUCGACCUUUGGAUUCUGGUACAUCCAGAAAUACUUCAAGUUCAAAACCAAGACAAUGUUCCUAUUUACCAACUUCUUCACUGUCUUAAUUCCUUUCUGGGGAAUGUUAGGUCUCUGGACCAACAGGAUUGGUUAUCAUCAUAGGUGGGAAUUCUACUUCUACAAUGUCAUUUUCGGACUUUUCCAGGCACCUUACUAUGCAUAUGCCCAAACAAUGAUCAGUGAACUUAUGCCCCGGGGCUACGAUAACAUGUUCUUCGCUCUUUUCGGUAUCACCAACCGCGCGUCUUCAAUCAUCGGUCCAAAUGUCAUCCAGGCUAUCAUCAACGAUACCAACAACAACUGGAUGGGAUUUCCCUUCUUAUUUGCCAUCUGUGCUGCCGCAAUGAUUGCCAUCGUCUUUGUGGAUGUUGAGAAGGGCCGUCGAGAUGCCAGGUCGUUUACUGAGAAACGCAAAGUGGAUCGUGUGGUAGCUGAAACUGGUCUUAGUGCAGAUGCAAUUGUGAAUGGGAAGAUGGUGGAUGAUGUAGCAGUGGCUACUGGAAACGAUGCUCAUUCUACGGAAGUGCAGUGA